UUAAGUGAAAUAUGACCGAGCUAUAACUGUGUCGCGUCGUAGUAAUGUUUUAUUACGUCGAAUUACUAUCUAUAGAAUAAAUAGAACUAUGAGUGAAAAACAAAGAGUAUCUGAAGUGAAAAAUUUCAUAUCAGGUGGAGUAGGAGGCGUGGCUGCUAUAGUCUCAGGACAUCCAUUUGAUACAAUUAAAGUUCGUCUUCAAACUCAAUCUACCAGGUAUACCAGGUAUACCAGGUAUACCAGGUCUACCAGGUCUACCAGAAAUCCGUUGUACAGUGGAACAGUAGACUGUGUAAAGAAAACAGUUCAACAUGAAGGAGUCCGAGCAUUAUAUAAGGGAAUGGCGGCCCCUGUGGUCGGAGCAACCCCCAUCUUCGCUCUCGGAUUUAUGGGGUUUGGUUUGGGAAAGAAGCUUCAGCAAUCCCACCCAGAUGAGGCGCUUGGUCCCUUGAAACUAGCUGUAGCUGGAGGGUUUUCUGGUAUGGUGGCUACAGUAGUUAUGGCACCAGGAGAAAGGAUCAAGUGCGUCCUACAGGUCCAGCAAGGAGCACAGGCUGCUGACAGUGUAAAAUACAAGGGACCUGUUCAUGUAAUUAAAGCACUUAUUGCUGAAGGAGGAUUGUCUAGUCUCUAUAAAGGUACAGUUGCUACCUUAGCACGUGAUAUUCCUGCAUCUGCUGCCUUCUAUGCAUCUUAUGAACUUAUACAACGAAGACUGGCUCCUGACGGAGACAGGUCCCAGAUAGGUGUAGGACGAACCCUAUUGGCUGGUGGUACAGCUGGUGUUUGUAAUUGGUUGGUUGCUAUUCCAGCUGAUGUUGUGAAGAGUAGAUUACAGUCGGCUCCAACUGGAACUUACUCAGGAACGAUGGAUGUACUUAGAAAACUGCUAGCUGAGGAUGGAGCCAGGGGUCUAUACAAGGGAGCUGUUCCUGUCCUUCUCAGAGCCUUCCCUGCCAAUGCUUUCUGUUUCCUGGGUUUUGAAUGUGCUAUGUACUCUUUAAACUCUAUUGCUCCAAAUCUGUGAUUAUAAGUAGAUAAGACUGCUGUGAAAGUGUGCAGCAAAAUUUGUGAAAUUAGCUUCUUUUUUCUUUAACUUGGCUUUGUGUAAUAAAUUGAGAUGUAUGGUGUAAACGGGUAAUGAUAAAUUCUUUUUAUCUAAAGGGACUGUAAGCGUAAUUUUUAAAUGACCUUUCAUUUAAUUGAAAAGUACUUUGUUUGAAGCUCAUGUUAUAUAUUUUAGAAAUAUCAAUAAAUAUGAUUCAACCGUU